AUGCCUCAGAAGCGACAACGAUCGCCGCCAGUAGAUGAGCUAAAAGACAGCAUCUUCAUCUCCGACCCCAUCGAGGACAGGAGCUCAACAUUCAUCGCGUACUACUCGCCAACAGAAUCUGCAAAGUCACUCCAAGCACUGCCGCAACUGAAAAGCGCUGAUCAUCGGAUGGCAGCAUGGCGAAAGCCGUCAGCACAAAAGACCAUUGCCGGCAAGUCUAUCUUCGCAACUGGUUCAGAUGACGACGGCGAGAAGUAUGCUGGCAAGAAACUUGAAAAGGUGAUGGCAGAGCUUGACGCCGGGGGUGCUGUUGUUGUGGCUCGGUGGUACGGCGGGAUCUUGCUCGGCCCUGUGCGCUUUACGCAUAUCGAGAACGUAGCCAAACAGGCAAUUGCACGAUCUAGAGGCGUGGACACUGGCGCUCAGCCAGCCAAGAAGCCGAAACAGGAGCUCGUCCCGGUGGACGACUCCGCUGACGUCCAGCGACUUGCGAAACAAUUGGCGGAUCGUGACAAGAGCAUCGCCACUUUGAGACAGCUACUCGCUGAGAAGCAGGCUGAGAAGCUCUCGGACGCCUUACCAACAUCAAGUGGUGCUCAAGCAGCAACAGUCGCGGCUCAAGCUCCGGACUAUGGAGCCAUGAGCCUUACGAGGCUCAGACAGCUCGAGAAAGCCCGCGACGCGACGAUCUCCUGGACGCUGAGACAGAUUGAUGCUGCCGAAGCAAGCAAUGUAUCCAAUGAGACGGGGUGA